AUGGAGAUGGAGAAGUCUGAAAAGACGAUAAAGCCCACGGCUCUGGAGUCUGUGUCUAUGAUAAACAGCAUAGAGAAGGCACUGAAGCUUGACAUAGCACAAUACCAGGGAGAAUAUGUAGAUGGAAAGAAAAAAGGAGGAGGUGGAUCUCAAUGGGCUGGUGGUCGCAUUUAUGAAGGCGAGUUUAAAGAUAAUGGCAUUCAUGGGGUAGGGAUUUAUAUGUGGAGUGACGGGAGAAAAUAUGUAGGAGAGUGGAUAAUCCAUAAUACAUUUAUUAUACAAUUUUUUAUAUAAGGAAUGCAGGAUUUAGUAUAAUAAAAGAUACAUAGCAAAAUGGAAGGGGCCGGAGCUUUUACGCGGAUGACAGAAUGUUAUGAGAAGAAGCAUAUGUUGAUGAUAAAAAACAAGAGUAUGGAGUGCUUGAGUGGCAUAUGAAAGAAAAUAUGAAGGAGGCUGAUAUAA